UCCUUAAACCGCCGAGAUCAAAUGUUCGAAGUCCAAAUCCGCAUGAGGUGAUCUCGAGGUGAUGUCGAGGUGACUCCAAAUCAGCAUGGAGCUCAGAGAGUUGAUGAAGAUGUGGUGGGUGUCUUACAAAUGUGCACUAAGCGGGCUUUUCUUUCGAAGCAACAUUGGCAAGACCAUUUCGUAGAUUCGCAUGCAAUCCAUCUUGCAUGGUCUAUAGAGUACGAUGUUGGUUUUUUCCGGUCGACGGUGGCGGCGGCCGCGGGCGUCGUUUCCUCCAUGAAGGCUCCGUUGUGGUGUUCCCUUUCCUUCAUGGUUCUCUGGGUGAAAACUCGAUCUUCGGGGUCGGGCGGUGGCGACAAUCCGAUGUCAUGCCCUUCGUGAAGGCACCACCUUGGAGUCCAUCCUCUGUCAGUGUCCUGCUUCACUUCUUCUCGGUGGCUAGUUCUCGGGAGGUCCUCGUUGGCUACAAGUGGUUCUUUUUGGCUCAUCUGUAGUGCUUGGUGGUUGAUUGGGUAGUGUGGCGGUGCGUCGACACCCUUGUAUCUUGCCUUGGGUGAGUGUGGUGUGUGUGUUGGUGGCUUGUUGUAUCCGGAUGUGUAUCUCUGGUCGUUGCUUUAUAUAUGAAGUGGGGCAAAAGCCUUUUUCAGUAUUAAGUGGGUGUGGAGGCUGGGAAUGUGGUGGCUAGGGGUUGCUGUAAGCCAAACAGAAGUGGUGAAGUUGUUUCUCAAACAAAAGAGAGUUGUUGCAGUUAUGGUAGCUUUAUUUUUUUGCGAAGAAGGGUCCCUAUAUAUUAUAAAUUUCACCAGUAGUACAAAGCACUCCUGACAUAGUAAAAAUAACAUUGAGGUCCUUGGACCACUACCGCCAGCAGAACAAGCCGUCCACGCGCUCCUUUCGCUCUUCCUCUAUCGGUGUCAGCCUGACCUUGUCGAUGACAGUUGGGAAGUCUUCGUGCAUGUGUCCCUAAGUACCAGCAUCCUGGACAAGGUCGUUGCUGUUGAACCCAUGAAUCGGUCCGAAGUGCUUGACACCAUAUGUGGUUGUAAAGAAUGUGAGGCGAGAAACCUAACCUCGCCACUCCAAGGAGACGGCAAGACAGGAACUCUGUCGAAUCUGCCCUGAUGGCUAGGUUAGAAUGGAAGAAUGGUCAAUAGACGUGACCGAUGGAGCCAGGGUGCUGGGAUUGGUAGUUUUGUGGAGAUCAAGAUGAGCUAAUAUACACUAAUGUUGCCAUGUCGAUAUUACAAAUAAUGAUGUCUUAUGGUCUGUGGCUUUGGCUGUUGGUUCUAGUGUUGGCUUCAUGGUUCAGGUUAAAGUAUCCCCAUGUUGCCAUCGGAGCCCUGGCGUCUUCUGCACCCAUCCUGCACUUCGACGACAUCACCCCGUGGUCAAGCUUCCAUGAUACCGUCUCACGGGACUUCAAGUCCGAGAGCCUGAAUUGCUUCAGUGUCAUCAAGGCAGUCUGGGAUGUGCUAGAUAACAGGGGAUCCAACGAUACAGGGCUCUUGGAGCUCAGCAAAACCUUCAGGGCCUGCAAGACCGUGCAGUUCAUUUAUUCGCUGAGCAGCUGGCUACAGACAGCGUUCAUCCACACAGCCACGAUGGACUAUCCAACCCCAGCAAAUUUCUUAAUGAAUCUGCCUGCUUACCCAGUCAAGGAGAUGUGCAAGAUCAUUGAUUCUUUUCCUGCGGGAGCUGACGUCAUCGACAAGGCUUUCGCUGCGGCGAGCGUGUACUACAAUUACACAGGCGACCAGAAAUGCUUCCAGGUGGAGGGUGGCGAUGACCCUCAUGGCUUCAAAGGAUGGGGCUGGCAGGCCUGCACAGAGAUGGUCAUGCCAAUGACGGUGUCGAACGAGAGCAUGUUCCGACCAUCCAGCUUCAGUUACGAGAAGAUGUCCGAGAGCUGCCUUGCGGGCUACAGAGUUCGUCCAAGGAUGCACUGGAUCACUUCUGAAUAUGGUGGCCAUAAAAUUGACAAGGUUCUCAAGAGGUUUGGGAGCAACAUCAUCUUCUCCAACGGGAUGCGAGACCCGUGGAGUGGAGGCGGGGUACUCAAGAACAUAUCAUCCAGCAUCAUUGCUCUUGUCACGGAGAAAGGGGCCCAUCAUUUGGACUUGAGAUCUGCAACCAAGGAUGAUCCAGACUGGAUUGUAGAACAAAGGAGACAGGAAACUGAGAUCAUACAUGGAUGGAUAGAUCAGUAUAACAAGGACAUUGCACAGACGUAGCAGCAAGAAGGCGCCAUUGAUUUUCAGUCAUGGAAAAUAAAUAUGGCUUGGUGGCUUUGUUAAUCUAUUAAUCUGAAGUCAGGCAAUCGCCUUUUAUCUAAAUAAAUAAAUAAAUAAAUAUGGUUACAUGCAAAAUGUAAGGAUUUUCCUUUCUUCUACAGGGUGAUAAGCAGUAAAAGAAGAAGAUAAUGCAUUAGUGCAACUUCAAAUUCAACAAGACACCAGAAAUUCUUGAACUUAAGCGGUCAUACGUGAAUCAUGAAUGCAGAGGGUCUAUUUUUCUUCGUAACUGUUGGAGUGAACAUUGAAUUUAGGGACAAACAUGUAUUUGUCCCUGCUGAAAAUUUUAAUGCAUGGUUUUGACAUAUGCGAUGUCUAUGACGUGUGGGGUCUGAGUCCACAUGUUAUACACAUUGGCCAUAUUUCACAAAAAUA